AAUUUAUGUUCGCAGAUGUACAACCGUAACGUGAUUCGUAUAACUUGUACGAUCUUUGAUACAGUUGAAAUUGAAUUAAGUAUAUUCUUUAAAAUGACAGACGGCAAAAACGAUAAAGUCAAAGUAGAUCUGGGAUUACUUGAAGAAGACGAUGAAUUUGAAGAAUUCCCCGCAGAAGAUUGGACUGCAAAAGAUGAAGAUAAUGAAGAUAUUAGUGUAUGGGAAGAUAAUUGGGACGAUGAUGAUGUUGAAGACGAUUUUAAUCAACAAUUAAGAGCACAGCUAGAAAAACAAAAAGGUCAAGGUGAACCAACGAAAGAAGAUUAAAUGGUCUGCAACAUUUAUUAGUAUGAUAUCGUAUAACUACUUUUCAUAUCCAUUCAUAAAUUAUAUGAUUUUUGGUAUAUGUCCCUAUUUUACAUUAAAUCUAUAAUAAUGUACAUAUUACUGUUUUUUUGUUAUAUAUAAUAUAUUUUGUAGAAAGACUA